UUUAAAAAGGAAGUUACAGAGAGCUGCAUCUGAAGAAGAAAAAAAAAAAAAAACUCCAAGUUCUCAGGCUUGUCCUGCUCUGAAGACACGCUGUUUGUGCAGACAGGAGGUUCUGUUACACUGGAUAUACAAACACAUGAGCUACCAGAGUUUGAUGAAUAUAGUCUGGAUAAAUGAGAAAUCAGAGAAUAUAUUCAAAUAUAUAAAAGCAUCUAAAACAGGAAGACCUCACUCUUCCUACAAGAACAGAGUGGAUUUCAAUAAUGAAACAUUUUCUCUGACAUUGAAGAACAUGCAGAAGACAGACAGUGGGGUCUACGAAGCAAGAGCAAAUGGAGAAUUAACCACAACUGUGGCGAAACACAGAGUAUCUGUUAUGGAUGCCGUGGAAGCUCCUGUACUGUCUGUAAACAUCUGUAACUUUACAUGUAAAGGACAUAGUAGUACAAUCAGCUCCAUCUACAAUAGCAGCUGUUUUCAAGAGGAAGCGAGAUCAUCUGGAAACUACAAUCUCAGCUUGUAUUGCAGUGGUAACUUUAUCAUCUGUAACCAUAGCAACCCAAUUAGUUGGAAGAAUGAUACAAAGGGAGUUAAUGAAUCCUGCACUAUUAAUAAAGAAGCAGUGUCUCCCCCUGAUGGUGUGUCUCUGUGUCUGCUGAGGACAGUACUGUGUUCUGUAUCUCUGCUGCUCAUGAUAUCCGCAGUCAUCACCGUUCACAUCAGAGAGAAACUAAGAAGAUCAUCUAAGCACACAGUCAUAAGCGUUGAUAUCUACAAAUAAAACUGUGUAGCUACACUCCUUUUUUUCCCUGUAAAUUCACUUUGUACUUAGAAGUUACACCUUUCCAGUUAGAAUCUUACAUUCACUUGAAAUGUAUUGAUUUCAUCAUUCAUUUGCCUAUGCAAAUAAGCAAAUUUAUGUUACUCGACUAUGGUAAAAACCUGAACGUUUGUAAGUUGAAACAAAGAAAAUAUGUCAUGUAUUGGGGGAAGAUUGCUGACAUCUGGUGAAAAAAAGAAAAAUAACAUGACUUGAAAAUCAUUUUAGGACAAUAAUAGCCAGUAGAUGGCUGCAGUGUAAUUCAAAAUGGUAUGAACAUCAUCAAACUAUUAUUUGUCAAUGUUUAGCUUUUUUUUUUUUUUUAAGUAUCAGUUUUUGCAAUAAUGGCACAUUAUGCUUACAGUCAAACAUGACCUUGUGUUACAAAGAGAUGACAUAGAAUAAUCAAUAAAAAUAAUGUCAUGAAAAUGAACAAUUAUAAACAGGACUGAACAGUAAUGCACUGUGAAAAUGCAAUUAGUCUAUAAAACAGAAGGCUAAGUUUGUUCUCUCUCUCUCUCUCUGUGUGUGUGUGUGUGUGUGUGUGUGGUGUUGUUGUUGUUGUUGUUGUUGUUGUUCUGCAUUCUGCCUUCUGGCUGUGUUAGUCUUACCUAUUUAUUUCUGUAUGUGUUUGUAUGUGUGUGUGCUGCAUUGUGGCUGAAAUUUAUAUUGUAUUUGACAAAU